AUGUCUUUAGAGGCAGAAACAGCUUUUCAGGACUCGCAAGCUGGCGAGCAAGAUCUGGGAACACGAAAUGGCGGUCUUUCAGGAGUAGGUGAUAGUACAGAUGGCCAACUCUUUGUGGGCCAACAGGACAACAACGACUCUCAUGGAGAUCAGGAGGAUAGCGAAGACGCAGCACUGGUGUCAUUCGUGCCAUUGGAGCGGCUCCAGAUCAACGGAAUCUCAGCGCUGGACCUGAAAAAACUGCGAGAGAACGGUCUGCACACCGCAGAGGCGGUGGCGUACGCGCCUCGCAAACAACUACUGGAAAUCAAAGGUAUUUCGGAAGCUAAAGCUGACAGAUUGCUUAACGAGGCAGCACGACUGGUACCUAUGGGAUUCGUCACCGCGGCCGACUUCCAUAUGCGGCGUUCUGAGAUGAUCUGCUUGACCACGGGCUCGAAAAACCUGGAUACUCUGUUGGGGGGUGGUGUGGAAACAGGGUCCAUUACAGAGCUGUUCGGGGAGUUUCGGACCGGUAAGUCGCAGCUGUGCCAUACGCUGGCUGUCACUUGUCAGAUCCCGCUCGAUAUGGGCGGAGGAGAGGGCAAAUGCCUGUACAUCGACACGGAGGGAACUUUUCGGCCUAUCAGGUUGGUCUCUAUCGCCCAACGGUUUGGCUUGGACCCGGACGAUGCCCUCAAUAACGUUGCGUAUGCUAGGGCCUAUAAUGCAGACCACCAGCUCCGGUUGUUGGACGCGGCAGCGCAGAUGAUGAGCGAGUCACGUUUUUCCCUUAUUGUGGUGGACUCCAUCAUGGCUCUGUACCGUACCGAUUUCGCAGGGCGUGGUGAGUUGAGUGCCCGGCAGAUGCACUUGGCAAAAUUUAUGCGGGCCUUACAAAGGUUGGCCGAUCAAUUUGGGGUCGCGGUGGUCGUUACGAACCAGGUGGUGGCCCAAGUAGACGGCGGGAUGACCUUCAAUCCCGAUCCCAAAAAACCCAUUGGAGGAAAUAUCAUGGCACACUCAUCCACAACGCGUCUGGGCUUCAAGAAGGGCAGAGGGUGUCAAAGAAUAUGCAAAGUCGUCGAUUCGCCGUGUUUGCCGGAGGCCGAGUGUGUUUUUGCUAUCUAUGAGGACGGUAUUGGUGAUCCACGAGAAGAAGACGAAUAA